ACUCAAGCAGAAGCUAUUAUAUUUUCAACAUAUAUACAACUACCAGAGAAUAUGAGUAUUCGCCGAUCUUCAAGGACGAACAAAGGUGUCCACUCUCAGCGACUGGAAUUAGCAUAUGCUGACGAGCCACGCAACACAGAAAAUGAGUCUGGCAAAAGAGUUCAGAUAGAACCAAAUACCAGUGUUAAAAAGGCGAAGAUGGAUAAGCCAGUGUCAUCAUCAAAACCAGCUUGGGUGAAGAUUGAGGGCGAGAGUGUCAGGUGUUUGCCAUGUGGCACCACGGAUCUAAAUUACAAUGAAGAAGAAGAAGACCCUUUUGGAAUGAUGAUCGAGUGUGUCAGAUGUAACACGUGGCAACACGUGAAAUGCAUGUUUGGUGCCAAGACGAAGGAAAAGGACAUACCCGACAAUUAUAAGUGUGAUGUUUGUGAUCCUUCAAAUCCCGCUUUUUCCAAUUUGCGGAGAAAGUUGUCCUAUGCAAGAUAUCUCAAACUGAGACUUGGUACCAGUGCAGACCAGACUGAAGACUCAGUUGAUUACUCUGUGGACGAUCAAGAGAAAGAUGCAGGUGCAAUCAAUGAUGACGAAAACGAUCAGGAGUACUUCGAGGGUGGGCUUUCCAAUAAAUCUACUCGCAAUGCUUUCUCGGUAACCAGCGAUGAUGAGUUGAGUGGUGAUCAGGAGAAAGACAGAGCAGGAAGAUCUCGCAAGAAACUUGCAAAGAAAAAUGUAAAUAUAUCACCUCCAGUAGUUGAAACUGAUUCUAAAAGUGCGACACCUUCCGCGGUCUAUGAUACUUUACGGACAAGAAUCGUGAAGAAUCUAGAGCUGAAGUUAGUUGAACUCGUACCAAAGUCAAACAAUGAAAACAUUUUGAGAGGGAAAACAAUCGGUGAGUUGGCAAGAGAGUGGGCUAUCACACUGGAGAAAGGCAUAUACGAGACUUUCCCAAAUUACAAGGCAGAUCAUACGAAGUACAUAGAUAAGGCUAGAAGUCUUCUGACAAAUUUGAAAAUUUCCCGUUUGGUUGAAAGAGUGAUAAGUGGAGAGUUUACUAUUGAACAGCUACCAAAAUUGUCUACCGAAGAGAUGCGAACUCCUGAGGAGAAAAAGAAAGCUGAGGAAGUAAGACAACAAGCUUUAAACCAGGUUGUGAUCAAGAAUGAUGUCAGCAAUCUUCCUAAAACUCGACUCACUCACAGAGGGGAAGAGAUCAUUGGAGACACUGACUAUCAGUUUGAUAUCAAUGAUAGAAGAAACGAUGAAGUUGAAAAAAUCAAAGAUAAGAUGAAGAAACAAGAGCUAGAAAAGCAAGAACGAGAGCAAGAGCGUGAAUUUGAUGGUCUAGGUUCGCCACCCCAGUUUAUGAUGGGUGCAAAUUUAGAUGACGAAGGAGAAGGAGAAAAUGAAACCAAUCCGCACCACCCUACACACAGCAAUGGACUUUCGGAUGAUGAAGGAUCUUUUAUAGGUGGCCAUACUAAGAAAGCAGAUGGUGAAGAAGUCAACCAUGAUCUUUUGGAUGACGAUGAUUUUGACAAAAUUCUGAAUGACACUCUCGGAAAAAAAUUUGAAGAGAAGCCCAAGAAACAAAGCGGCAUCGCAGAGAAGACAGCAAAGAAAGUAGCUGGCAAGCAAAAAGUAGAGAAGAAGGUGAAAUUUAUGGAAGCUGAGGAGACUGGAAAAAUAGAGCAACGUACUACAAAGGAUAUGUGGGAAGGUACGUUGGGUUCUCCAGAGCUUUCAUUUUCUUGUAAAAUAGAUUUUGUAUCAUCAACCUGUAAACCAUCAAAGAGGAAUAUAAUAGAGAGUGCAUUUAGGAUGAUCAAUGAGAAUGCAGUUGCAACCAAUGGAUAUAUAAAUAAGGGUCGAUUGAAUGCGGAAGUUGCUGACAAUUAUCUAGAUAAGAUCACCACAUCCAAGGAUUUGUAUCUAUUUGAGGUAUUACCAUUUGAAGAGGAUGAACAAAGUGGUACCUCAUUCAUGAAGAUGUGGUCAUACUAUCACGGUUCGUCCAAAUAUGCUGUUUUGAAGAACUCAGUUGCAUAUAUUAGAGAUACAUAUUUACUGGCGUUAUCAAGAGAAAGGAUGAUCGAUGGAGAGGAAAGUGCUAUUGUGUUGAGCAAAUUUCCAGCCGACGAGAUCAUGGAGCAUUUGGAAGAGAGCAAAUCAGAAAGCAAGUUAUACAUUUUAUCGGUAGUCCAAAGGGACAUGGACAAUUUCAAACCAAUCCGGAUCCCACCAAAGACGAUGAAAACCAAUCCCACCAUUUUCAAUCCACCUGUAAGGUCAGAAAACGAUCAUGGAGAGUCUGAGAAUGGAAGAGAGAACAAGAACGAGAAUAAGAACCAGAAGGAGGACGAAAACGAGAAGAUGAAGGAAGACUUGAAGGUAGCAGUUGAAGGUGAUGACGAUUACGAUCCUGCUCUUUCGGUGACACUGUCUAAGUUGACAGGUGGCUCAAAUACUCAAAGUGCGCCAGACCUGGCCUUGGCCAGCUUGAUGAAGAACUUGAGUUGACUUUCCAUCUUUAUAUAGUACCUAGUGUAUUGACAUUGUAAUGAUUUAGUCGGAAGUCGAAAAAGCUAUAGUUUUAGUUAUCACAAGAGAAAAACCAGAU